CCGCCGGGCAGGGGAGGCGACGGGAUUCAGGCCGUGGUUGCGGGAGCCCGAGCACCCACAUGCCCGAACAAGCAGUUGCUGUUGCUGGAGGUAUAAUAGGAGGGAUCCUUUUAUUUGUUCUCAUUGGAAUAACUGCAUACCUGCUCUGGAAGAAAUUUUGCCGCCUCCUUUCUUACGAAAAGCUCACCAGUCCUGUCAAAACAACAAAGGCAAAUGCCAUUUUUCAGGAUCAGUCAACUUCUGAAAUUCAACUAAAAAGCACAAGUUUGGUUUCCAUAUUUAAACCAGAAAAGGCAGUAGCUGUUGUCUUGAGCAGAUCCAGAAGCGUUCCAUUUAUCAUUCCACCAACACUGCAUGGGCGAGACUGGAUUAACUUGACGAACGAAGAACAAGUUCAGGAAGACAGUGACCCCUACAUGAUUCCUCAGGAUGGGCCACGGUCAUCGUUUCAUUCUUUGGCUGGAGCUUAUGUUGUAGGGACCAUUAACCCAGAGCUGUACAAGUUUCCUGAAGACAAGAGCGAGACGGAUUUUCCUGAAGGCAACAUUGGCCGCCUCUGGUUCUCCAUAGAAUAUGAGCAAGAGUCAGAAAGGCUCCUUGUCUCCUUGAUCAAAGUCAGAAAGCUGCAGCCUCCUGCUGACUCCUGUAGUCCAUUUGUGAAAAUCUACUUGCUGCCCGAUGAAAGAAGCUACUUGCAGUCCAAAACAAAAUGCAGAACUCUUAACCCCCAGUUUGAUGAAAACUUUGUUUUUCAGGUUUCCAGUAAGAUGUUGCUCCAAAGGACUCUUAAGUUUUUGGUUUAUCAUGUUGAUAAACAGAAAAAGCACCAUCUCCUAGGCCAAGUUAUCUUCCCACUGAAAAAUGAAACAUUAACUGGUGACAACAAACUAGUCAUAUGGAGAGAUCUGGAGAAGGAAAACUUGGAGCCUCCUUCAGAGUAUGGUGAUAUCCAGUUCUCCCUCAGCUACAAUGACUACCUGGGCCGUCUCACUGUAGUGGUUCUGAGGGCAAGGGGAUUAAAGCUCCAGGAGGAGAGCCAUGCUGUCAGUGUCUAUGUCAAAGUCUCACUAAUGAACCAUAAUAAAUUCAUCAAAAGUAAAAAGACAGCAGCGGUUCUGGGAUCUCCCAAUCCAGUGUAUAAUGAAACCUUCAGUUUCAAGGCAGACCAGACAGAGCUGGAUACAGCAAGCCUGAGUCUAUCUGUGCUCCAGAAUAUCAAGGGAGAAAAAACACAUCAGCUAGGACGUGUAGUAGUCGGGCCUUUCAUGUACACCCGUGGCAAAGAACUAGAACACUGGAAUGAAAUGAUCAGCAAGCCCAAGGAGCUGGUUAAACGAUGGCACACUCUCUGCCACAGCACGUAAAUAGCAUGGAUAAAAAAAACCAACCUUAAAAUGGAAAAGCUCUCGUUAUCUUUCAUAAUCUAAUGAUAAAAGAGUACAAAAUCUUUGACCAUUUUACACUCCAAAGUAGACAAGAAUAAAAGAAGUAAAUUCUUUCCUUGCCCAAACACAAAGAGAAAACUUGGUCCCUGCUAGGCUGGAACUCUAUCUUUCCUCUCUUCAAAAUAUAUUUCCAAUUUAGUUAAUAUGCAGCAGAGUUUAAAAACAACUGGGAUGACAAACAUGAUCUCCCAGCAUUAGUUACUUUGACUAGUAAAUUCCAAUUCUUGGUCGUGAGUUCUGGGCACAAACAAUCAUCCAUCAUGUGGAUAGAACCCAAAAUGACAUAAGAAUUUUCAGUGAUGAUACCAGGCCUAACUGCCCACCUGCAUUGCAUCACCAGACAGAGUAGCUUCACCAAAAUGAAUGGAAGCCCAGUAAGCAUGACAAAACAGACAAAGCCCAAAAGAUGUUGACUACUACAUUUACAAUUUAUUUAAAAUAGCAGCAUUAUAUUGAAAUCCUCUUUUGAAUAUGAAUGGUGGAAAGCACUAACUGUUUAUUGAUCAAAAAUUCUAGAAGCACCUGUUCACAUCCCUCAGGACAGUGAAUUUCUUGCAGUAAUUCAGUUAGAUGUUUUCAGAUGACCCCAGUGUACAACACUGUGUUGACACUAAGGGUGAAGUAUAAAAGAAGUCCUAAAGUCACAAAGGAUUGGAGGCUUACAGAAGUACUGGGGUACUCUGAGAAAGUAAUACAAGGGACUUGUCCUGUCUUUGUAUUUCUCCCUAAACACAUCUCUGCUGGAGACAGAGCAUUGAUUACAAGAACCUUGGGUUUGACCUAGUAUGGCCAUUCUUACAUUGAAAAUCCAAAUAGCUUAAGCCGCUAGGACAUAUGUCUUGUUUUAGUGGUAGAGUUUUCAAGUAAAUUACUGUUCUGUAAAAUAAUUCAGAACAAUUAUUUUUAAUCAAAAUAAACUAAAGAGGACAUUCUUGUCUUCUUGAUUGUUCACUGGGGACCUGAACUCUGUACCUUUCACGCCACAUAGUCAUAAAACAGACCGACAGACUAUUGCAGCAAAACAUUAUGUACAAUUAUGUUCCAAUCUGUGCAGCUGAAAUAAAGCCAGCUUCCUUUGAAACAGGAUACAACAUUAAUUAAUUCAAUAUAUUAAAAACCAAGAUUUAUCUGGGGAGAUAAGAACACUUUCCAUUUUGACAAUAUUGUUAUUUUCUAAAGGAAAUAUUAUGAAUGAGAAUUUAAUCUGAGAAGAAUUGUAAGAUAACAGACCCCCCCUUCACCUGAUCUCCCACUUGAAAUGUUACAUGUCUGUCUUGCUAGCUGCACCACUGGAUCUGGAUAGAAGAUGAGCCUAAACUCAUUCCAUUGGAUUAGAUUUUAGAAAAUGUUGAAACCUCAUUAUAUCUGUUAAAUGAGUAAUGCCAGCACUCCCAACCCCAAAGAGCUCCUUUUCAAAUUUUACAAAACCACUGAAAAUCAAUCUAAUAGGCAACACGUUCAAUCUGGGAAGGAAAACUAUACAUAAACUCUAUGACAACUAUAUUACUACUAUAAAGCAAUUUUACCAAAUACAUUGUGUCCCUCUAUGAUUUAAAUCAUACCAAUAAAAAUUAAAGACCUUAAAAGCAAACUUAAGAAUGCUUCAGGCAGUUAGAUUUACUAGCUUGCACAGGAAGAUUCAUGUAAGGUACAGUGUCUAUCAACAUAACUUCUAAAGUGGGAAGUCACCUGUCUGACCUGAUGUACAGUAUGGUCCAAGUAAUAAAACAAUGCAUUGUACUAACGUGGUCUCUU